AUGGAUCCCCUGAGCGUCACCGCAAGCGUGAUUGCGGUCAUUCAGAUCACAAGUGUAAUCAGCACUCACUGCAUGAACUACGUAAAAUCAGCACGGAACACAAAAAGUCUGAUUCUAAGGCUGGUCCAAGAACUAGGCGGACUGCAAAUAGUACUCAGGACGCUCGAAGAGCUAACACAGCGCGGCACUCAUGUACUCCAAAACGGAGAAGAUAGCGAUGCAGAAGAAAAGUCUUAUUUACUGCCGACUCUGCACAAGUUAUGUCAACUGGAGUAUGUCUUUGAAGAAUGUCUCCGGAAAUUGGAGCAGUUGGAGCGGGAUAUUAUGCCCACGAGUCAGGCGAAUUUGACGAAGAAGGAAUCGUUCUUGCGGGCUUUGCAUUGGCCACUUAAGGAGGCCUAUAUGAGGAAUAUCAUGGAUGAUAUAAACCAUUAUAUUUCUCUGUUUAGCUUGGCAUUGACCUUGGAUGAGACUGAUAAUAUUCUCGAGAUUCGCGAAAAAACCUUUGAGACUCAUUCAAUGGUAAAGUAUCUUCACUCACAGAAAGAUGAAGAGAUACGCCGCGAACAUGGAGAGAAAAUCGUCAAAUGGCUUUCAGCCCCGAAUGCUUCGUUUGAUCAUACACAUGCAUUGCGGAUGAAGACAGAGAAUACAGGCUCUUGGCUAAUUGACAACUAUAGAUAUCAAGAAUGGAAGCGAACCGCAGGCUCGUCAUUUUGGAUGUAUGGAAUUGCUGGGUGUGGUAAAACCAUCUUGUCCUCAACGGUCAUCGAAGACCUUUCAAAGUAUAGCAGUCAAGACAUGAGUAUUGCUGUAGCUUACUUCUACUUCAAAGGCGACGAUAAUGACAAGAAGUCAUCAUCUGGGAUGUUGCGGGCUUUACUGAAACAGCUCUUUGACCGUGGCAAACGCACAUCAAAUGUCUUUGAACAAUUGAUAGAGGAUGGGGACCAGCAAGCAUCACCCGAGCAGCUUCUGUCUACCCUAAGAGAUCUCAUUUCUGAGUUUCGUGACGUUUACAUCGUUUUAGACGCCUUGGAUGAAUGCCAGGAUCUGCAAGACCUCUUUGAUAUCUUGGAGGAGUUCGAAAAAUGGACGGUUCAAAUGCAUCUCAUCUUCACAAGCCGUGAACUGAUGAAUAUAAAAGACUUUUUUGAAAGCAUGAAUAUGGACAAAAUUUCGAUGAGACUAUCCGCCGAAGUCGUCAAGCAAGAUAUCCGAAUUUAUAUUCGAGACCGGCUGCGUACGGACAGGGACCUAAAAAGGUGGCGCAAUCACCCUAAUGUGCAAGAGGAAAUUGAACAACCUUUGAUAGAGAAAUCUGAUGGAAUGUUUCUAUGGGUUAGAUAUCAGCUCACAUCACUAGUGAGAUGCCGCAAUCCCCCAGGGCUGCGACAAGCCCUCGAAACCAUGCCCAAGGGCCUCAACAACACAUAUGCUCAGAUAUUGAGCCGAAUAUCGGACGAUGACUUUGAAUUUGCGAUACGAAUACUCAGCUGGUUACUCUUCAGUCUUCGUCCGUUGUCAAUUGAAGAGUUGGCUGAACUUGUUGCCUUGGAUCUCAAAGCAGAAUCAUUCCAUGAUAUUGAGCGUUAUUGGGAGACAGCCGAGGUUUUGAAUAUAUGUCCGAAUCUCCUUACGACUAUUGAGGAGUACGAUCAUGAAAAUGGUUCCGAGCCCAGGGUGUUAGUCCGAUUGGCACAUAUUUCUAUUCGAGAGUAUCUCCUGUCAAGUGAUAUACUGACUGGGAAUGCGGCAAUGUUUGGGAUCAGAGAGCCCAAUGCCCAUGCAUUGAUCACGAACUGCUGUCUUAUGUACAUGCCUUUGAUUAAAGAUGAUGCCGUUUCAGCUGCAGGAGAAAGCCUUCCAUUAGCUAUCUAUGCUGUGGAGAAUUGGCUGUAUCACUACGAGAAAGUACCUGAGGGAAUGGCUAAAAUUCACGAACUAGCACUGGACUUUUUUGUGCACAAGAAAGAGCUGAUGCUCGAGAACAAGGAGGUUGAUAUCAAGAAUGAGCAGGUCUUGAAAGACGCACUACGUGCUGCCUAUUUGCCAACAGUCCUCCCUAAGGAUAAAGCCGGAACUACUAAACUAUUACUACAGUUUGGGGCUGAUUUCACUGGCGAUGGGAAAUUUGCUACAGUCCUAAACGCAGCUAGCUACUUUGGUCUUGAUGAUUUUGUGCAGAACGAAUUAUAUGAAGACGUUGAUGUCAAUGCUAGAGGUGGCUAUUAUGAGACUGCACUUCAAGCAGCUGUAGCCGGAAGACAUGAUCGUCACUUCUUCGAGAUGUCACGCCACUUUUGGCCGACUCGUUGGUCUCGACCGGGAUACAUUCUUGAGCAGAAGACCCCUACAACAGUACAGAUUCUUCUUAAGCACGGCGCUGAUCCUAAUAUCUGCGGUGGUGAAGUCGGGUCAAGUUUAUUGGCAUCAUGCUACAACGGCGAUCUUCCAUGCGUGAAACUUUUACUCGCUCAAGGGGCAGACCCUACCUAUGGAGUCAAUGGGAAUGAUGAUUGGAAAAAGAGCUGUCUUGCCGCAGCAUGCAGAUCCGCAGAUAUCCGUAUCGUCAAGCUCCUGAUGGACUACGGAGCUCGUGCCGACAGUUCAAUGGCACUGUGUUCUGCAGUGCGAUCUAAGGACAUUGAAAUCAUACGCCAUCUCCUCGAAAAUGGCGCCAACCCAAACUCCGAACGAUAUCAAGAUGAGACACCUUUACAAAUUGCAUGUUCCAACGAGCAGCCCAAAGUUGUGGAAUUACUGCUUCAAUACGGUGCAAGUAUUAGUUCCGGCGGCGGCCGGUUCGGGUUUCCUUUGCAGCUGACAGCUGCAACUUUUGGAUCGGUCGAGACUUUGAAAGUCCUUGUUGCCAACGGUGCGAAUGUGAAUCAAAGAGGAGGUGCGUUUGGGACCUCGCUGCAUACCGCCGCGCAUUUUGGAGAUGUCGAGAUGGUAGAUUAUCUCAUCUCACAGGGCGCGGAUAUUCAUGCCGAAGGCGUAAUGUUCAAAUCUGCAUUACGCCAUGCACUUGGGAAUGCAUAUACAGAUAUUUUUGUGUUACUGCUCAAAAAGGGUGCAGAUAUGCAGACGCCAGGCGGAAGAUAUGGAGAGACAUUACGACAGAUACUAGCUGCUGUGCCGGAGAAUAAGUCUGAGAUAUGGUUCAAAACGUUUGAGAGUGCAAAUCCACAGUUUCCCUCAGAGUAUUUGUGUGCUGUGGUGAAGAAGGGAGAUUCGUGGCAGGAUAUAGAUAAUAUUGUCGUUGAUGAUAGGGGGAAUGUUACGGGAACAGAAGCUUCGAAAUGGGACUGCGUACUAACGCAUAAGUCGGAUUGA